AUACAACAUCCUUGCACGCCACCUGACCACGCACGCGAGCUUCCAAGUCCUGAAUGUUCAGGCUGAAGGCUCAGACAUCGACAACGCACGCCUGUUACUUAAGCUGUAAGGAGUUUUUAUUUAUAGCCUGCUAGAAACCGUAAAGCUGGGAAGCUAUGUCGCUUAGCGUCGACGACCUCCUUAAAGAGCUGGAUGACCUGCCCGGCAAGGGCCAAGGAGCUCUCAGGAUGUCGGCAAGUGCAGCUCAUCACCAUGGCAGAAGUGGCUCGACGCCACCGCCGGUGCAGCCGCUGAACUCGCGAGUGUCGGUGCCGGUGCCGCCACGCGGGUCUGCGGGGGGCUCUUCCCAGUCGCUGAACUCUCAACCAGGCCACGGGCGGACGCGCAGCGUAUCGGGGACGACGAGUAAGAAGGACGACUUGGACAACCUGCUAGGCGAGUUGGACUUUGGCGGCACGCCCUACAACAGCAUGAACGGGCGGCAGGGCGCCUCAGCCCUGGGCACGGUCACGGCAGCUGCGGCCAAGCUUUCGAGCACCACCAGCACCGGCACGCCACCGCCACCCUCGCGCGGCUCCUCCGUGAUCGCCUCCAAACAAAAGUGCACGGGCGUGUUCACGGGCGGGACAUCCUUCCCGCGCGGCCGCAUGGGCGCCGUGGGGGCGCUCACGUGCUGCGACGCACUGCGCUGCACCAAGUGCGACUUCCGGGUCGAGCAGUUCAACAACCGGGAGUGGCACGCCGACGUCGACUAUCUCUUCUUCCGAAACAAUUUCCCAAACGAGGAGAAGCUAGCGCCCAAGAUGCGCUCGCGGCAGGGCUCGGUGGCGUAUUGCUGUCAAUGCUCCUGGCUGAACAGCACGGAGCAGGCCAAGCUGGACUUCUCCAGUGAGCUGCGUUGGGUGUGCGCCGGACACCUCAUGCCCUAGCGGCCCUUGGUGGCAGCGGGCCAUGGCAGCGGGCCUCAUGGUGCACGUGCGGCGUAGAGGAGUGGCAGGCGGCGGCUUGGGUGGGGCCGAGAGCAGGCACCGGCCCUGGGGCGGUGUGCACGCUGCACAGGCUCGCCCGCAUGAGUGUUAGCUGCUGCUGGGGGCGCUGGGUGGGAGGUGGCCUCCUGCCACGCAUAUGCGCGGUGAAGCAGCAACUUGGGAAGGAGGAGAGGAGUACGGCAGCAAGUGCCCGCAACCUACCACAGCAGACAUGGAUUCAUGGCUGUCGCCGGGAGGGCGCGAGGCUCUUCGCGGUGCUAGGCAGGGCUUAAAUAAUCACGGCGGUAACUCUUGGAGGGGCGGCGGCUUGUUAAGGCGCACACAGCCGUCCCUGCCAGACGCAGGCAGAGGUCGCAGUGUGGCGGCACGACCUAGGCUCAGACAGGCAGGCAGGCGGGCAGGCAGGCUGAGAGCCUUGCACCAGUAAAUAGCAAAGAGACCGCUGUGAAGCGGAGGCCAUGGGCAAGGACAUGAUAUGUCCGUGUGCAAGGAAGUAGGUUUCGGUGGUAUGGAUGACGUUCUUCCGGACGUGGUGUGGGUUCAGCCCACAGUCAACGUAGGGACAAGCACUUUCCGUACGCACGUUACUUGUGCAGGGCGCGAGUGUAUAAUGCGCUGAGGUGCAGGUGUGUCUCUAUCGUAAGGCGGGAAGUGGAUGCAGCUGCAAGUAAUAUUGGUGGGUGUGCUCUGGACCGGGGCCGGGUUUCGCUGCCGCAUGUGCCACCCUGCUUUCGGCUUUCGCCGUGUAUUGACGUGUGUAGAAUGCUACGCAUUAGCCCAGGGGCUCCCUCGUGUCGAUACAGUAACUCGCAGUUCAGUUCACGGGGCCUAUCAGUAUACAGCAGAAUGGGUGCACCCAAAGUUUGCGCUGAGCGCAAUAGGCUUGCGCUUGUGCGUGCUCAUCAUGAAUGCGCGUUCACGGUUACGAACCACAUUGGACAGACUUAACGCGAAACGGGUGUAGUAGCGUGACAGCGGCAGGGUGUCAACUACAGUGUGUGCGCAAUGAACAUAGGCGCUCAGAUGGACACCCAAGGGUGAAUGCAGAAUGCCGCGUGUAUGCACAUGCAAUGUUUCUUGGCAUUGUAUACGUCCUGUUUCCUGCGCAAUGUCAGAGGCGCAGACGUGCUACACAGCACGCGGAAGGCACUGCAUGUAGACAACUGUCAGCAGAGCGCCCUACUAGGAGCGCAUCUACCGGCUACCAUGCUUCAUCAUGUCCAGUACCUGGUAACAGGCUACCAACUGUUCAAUGGUCAGCACACACCUACAUAUGAUGUUCAGCCAGGUCACACGUGCGUCAAUGCGCAACUCAGUGCAAGAGUAGUAACUAGCAGCCAUAGCGCCACUCAAUUAGAGCUCAGCACACUUUGGGGUCGAAGUUUCGCGGAAGCCCCUGCCCAUCCACAUUUCGGCUACUGGUACUGUGCUCCACGAUCAAGCAUAUGUCGCAUUCAACGAGUAU